UUGCCGUACAUGAAUUGGGGGAAUCUGAAGUUGUUUUUACGGCAGUGCAAACUAGUAGAGGCCAAUAAUCCUCAGGCAAUUUCUCAGCAAGACCUGGUGCACAUGGCUAUUCAGAUUGCCUGUGGGAUGAGCUAUCUGGCCAGAAGGGAAGUCAUCCACAAAGACCUGGCUGCUAGGAACUGUGUCAUUGAUGAUACACUACAAGUUAAGAUCACAGACAAUGCCCUCUCCAGAGACUUGUUCCCCAUGGAUUAUCACUGUCUGGGAGACAAUGAAAACAGGCCUGUUCGGUGGAUGGCUCUUGAAAGUCUGGUGAAUAAUGAGUUCUCCAGUGCCAGUGAUGUGUGGGCCUUUGGAGUGGCGCUGUGGGAGCUCAUGACUCUGGGCCAAACGCCCUACGUGGACAUCGACCCCUUCGAGAUGGCAGCGUACCUGAAAGAUGGCUAUCGGAUAGCCCAGCCUAUCAAUUGUCCGGAUGAACUGUUUGCUGUGAUGGCUUGUUGCUGGGCCUUAGACCCAGAGGAGAGGCCCAAGUUCCAGCAGCUGGUCCAGUGCCUCACAGAGUUUCAUGCAGCCCUGGGGGCCUAUGUCUGAGGAACCUCCCUCCCCACAGCAUCAGCAGGUGCCUGUCACUGCUCAGUUGGGGCCAAUCAUGGACGCCUUGGAUGCCUUGUACACCUCGCACAGCCAGCAGAAGCACGUCUGUCUUCCGGAGCACCGUGCCUUAGAAAUGCUUUCAAAUUGGAACUUUGUUUUUUUAAAGAAAAAAACUGACUUAAUAAUGUGGAGUAUUUUCUAGAUACCACUUUUAUUAGGUUGAACUGAAAAAAAAAAAAGGUAUUAUAAAGUUUUUGGGGCCAGAAACUUUUUAAAAGAUAGUUACUUUGGACUAGGUACAUUCUUUACAAAAUAAAUGAUU